AACAAAAGAGCCGCGAUUCUCUUGGCAGUGAGGAAAGCGGGAAGAGACCAGUGAUCGAAGAUGUCGAAGAGAGGUCGCGGUGGUUCGGCCGGAAACAAGUUCCGGAUGUCACUGGGUCUACCGGUGGCGGCGACAGUGAACUGCGCCGAUAAUACUGGGGCUAAGAAUCUGUACAUCAUUUCGGUGAAGGGGAUCAAGGGUCGCCUUAACCGUUUGCCGUCUGCUUGCGUCGGGGACAUGGUCAUGGCGACCGUGAAGAAAGGGAAGCCCGAUCUCCGGAAGAAGGUCUUGCCCGCCGUGAUCGUACGCCAGCGCAAGCCGUGGCGCAGAAAGGAUGGUGUUUACAUGUACUUUGAAGAUAAUGCUGGUGUCAUUGUGAAUCCCAAGGGAGAAAUGAAAGGUUCUGCUAUCACGGGUCCAAUUGGUAAGGAGUGCGCAGAUUUGUGGCCUAGGAUUGCGAGUGCAGCCAAUGCUAUUGUUUGAGGGGGCACUUUUAGUUGUUGACGUUGCUGUUUGUCUGUAGGAUCUGAAGUUAUCUUUAUUUGUUUUUGUUUAUCUCGAAUAGUAAGUGCUUGAGAG